AAAACACUUAAAAUGACCUGAACAUGGAUCAUCCACAUUGGUUUCAGUCACAAAAAAUGAUUUGUGUUCUUUAGGCAGACCGCAACUUUAGCGAACCUUCCCAAUUUUGAAUCUAAUAACGCUUUUUUCUUCUUCUUUUUCUUUUCCUUUCUGUUGCCUUUUCUCCCACUUGACACAUGGAAACGCAAGAAACAAUCAAGAAUACACGCGCUAAUUAACCUUUUUAUCAUCUUAUUAUUCUUUGUUCCAGAUUUCUUUCGUCUUUUCAAGAACAGCAGGAACAGAUUUUUUUUUCAAUUAUUUGACAAUUCCGGGUAUCGAAUAUCAAACCCGUAAUGAAGAGGUAUUUCUUUAACACCACCAACCAAGAUCAAGAACCACAAUUCCCACAGCAACAUCAAGAAGUUCCCGAAGAAACUGCCAUGACUCCAGCAGAGGCAAGAGGGCAACCGCCCUUGUCGGCGGUUGUAGAGGCGUUUGAGGACCUAGCAAAGGGUUUAAAAUGUGUUAGAGAUGGUGACCUGGAAGAGCUUAGAUUGGAUACUUUUUGUGAUGCAUGUUCUUUGGUUUCUGUCCUUUUUAGUUGCCUUGGUCUUGCUUUUAGAUUUGCUGAAUCUGAGUAUGUUGCAAAGGUGUGCAAUCUUGUGGAUGCAUCAAAAAGGCAUAAUAGUUUAAAAAAUGUGCUCGAUUUGGAUGUUGAAAAUGGCACCGUUAGAACACCGGGAAGCCAUUCCCGUAAUCUACGCAGAGUCAGACAGGGUCUUGAUCUCAUCAGAGCUCUAUUCGAACAAUUUGUAUCAACUGAUGAUUACUCUUUAAAAGACGCAGCUACAACAGCUUAUUCUCAAGUUUGUGCACCAUUCCAUACAUGGGCGGUCAGGACCGCCGUUUAUGCCGGAAUGUAUACUCUCCCUUCAAGAGAUCAGCUUCUGAUAAGGCUCAACGAAACUGAUCAAUCUGCAGGGAAGAAAAUGAGGAGAUACAUCAAUGCCUCACUUCCAGUUAUAAAAUACAUUGAUAACCUUUAUAUUUCCAGGAAUAUCAGCUUGGACUGGUGAUUUUUACCUGUCUGGAAGAGUCGGACUGCACAGAUACUGUUGGAUUUGAAUAGCGGCAUUUUGUACUAGCCUGUAGUUCACUUCUGUAUUAAUAGCUUCGUCCUGAUUGUUGCUACAUAUUUCUUGACAGAUCACCUGUCAGUGAUUGCAGUACUACAUUUGCACAUAAGCAUCAAAACACUAAUCAAUAAACCAAAUUCUUUUUCUUUUUC